ACAUGCCGCAUUCCCCCAUUUCGGUUCAAGGGAAGUGCUAUGACUCGAAGUGGAAGGGCCGAGGCCGUUUACCGCAACCAGAGUCAAGCGACAUGACUCCUCUUGACAAUGAAAGGGGCAAGUCAUAGUGUCCUCGCCAAACCGAACGGGGCAUACAGGACUGGGGGUGGCGGCCAGGGUGCGGUGGGUUUGCUCGAACAAUGGUCGAAACGUCCCUCCAUGUCUGAGCUGCAAGGGGAGUUAACAGACGCUGUUCAAAAAGCGGGGAAGCGAGUGUCAGAGGGGAAAACGGGGGAGAAUAGAGGGCCGAAAAGGCAAGAAGGCAUGGGAUAUCGUUCGCCGUUCAGAUGCGGGUGUGGGGUGGUGGCAGAGGAGUGCAGAGGAGCAUGUCACGAGUGCUGCGUCCUUUUUUUCUUCCUCUCCUGUUUGGUGUUUUGUUCACGUUCAGCCCUUUGGUUGUCUUCCUGCGUACCCUACCUAUCACCUAAGUACUUAAAGCACCUAAAUUCCGUCUCCAAUUCCGAUCCUGUAUCUAUCCUCCACAUUCGUAUUCGAAUCAUGGUGCUUACAACAAUUCAAUAUCUCUUGCUUAUAUUAUGUCACACCUCAUUCGAUGUUCUGCUUUCUCGGAGCUGGCGAUACCUGUAGAGAGACCUGCUGUUUUCGGCUCCCUGUGUGAGAAUAUCCCAGUGUGGUGGUUGUUUGGACACACACUCCACCCUGAAGUCUGUCAGGUGGAAAUUCUAUUCGAUGUUUUAUUGGCUUAUUUACAUCCUUGAUUAUCCAACAACCGCUCUGCCGACUCUGGAAUAUCCGUCUCGUGGCCUUCACCUCGAGGCAUCGGCACUGGGAGAGCGUUAAAAAGCGGAAAUAUGUGCACUGAGAGCACCAUCCUGGCCACAGCAGCCCUCUCGGAAUGAAUUAUCACCCGUGCUUUACGGGUACCGAAGCCGCGGAUGGAACCUCGGUCAUCAUUUUAAGA